AUGGAAUUAUUUGAAGAUGUAACUGAAUUGAAGGAAUUAAUGGAUAAAUUGAUUCUUCAAACAUUAGAAUUAGUUGAGGAAGAUGUGACACUUAAGAUAAAUAUUGAGAAGUUAACAAAUGAAGGUGCUUUGUUAAUGGCGAAAACAAGGUAUUCACAAGGACCAAAAACUGUAUCAGUGUCUCAGCUUCCUGGGGAAUCCGACGAUGGACCAGAAUUUAAUGCAUUGAAAAUAACAGUAAGAUCAGAAAAUGAUCUUGGAACUUCCGAGUUUGAGCUAGAAAAGAGCGCCGUCAACAAAGAAUCAAAUCAUAUUGACCCCAUUAACUGGUUUGGAAUUCUUGUUCCACAAAGCUUGAAAACAGCACGUGAACGCUAUGAAAAAGCUUUGGAACUUGUGAUUGAGUCAGCAAACGUCGAACAAAAGUUACAGAAAAAUUAUCAACUCUACGAAAAACUUAAAAGCAUUAAAGUCACUUUCGAAAACACUGAAGAGUAA